CUCAGCCGAGUGCGCCUGCGCGGGGGGCGAACACGUGGCUCCCGUGGAGAGGAGCCUGGGUGAGGGCCGGGCCUCGGAGCCAAGCAGCGGGGGUCGCGAUGGCGGUGUCCGGCGGCGACCGGGAGCAGGGCUCUGGGGCGGCGUCCGCGGGGGCCCCGGUGUUCGUGGUGGGGACGCCGUGCGCCUUCUCCUCCUCCUGCUCCUCCUCCUUCUCCUCUGAGCGGCCGGAGCAGCAGCGCUGCCGCCUCCUGGCGCUCUCCGGCCCGGAUGGCCGGCUCCGCGUGUGGGAGACGGAGGGCAGCCGCCUCCGCCACGAGUACGUCCCCUCCGCCCACCUCAGCGCCGCCUGCACCUGCCUGGCCUGGGCGCCCCCCUCGGGAGGCGGAGGGCGGCCCUCGCCCAGCAAGGAGGGGCCUCAGAGAAAGAAGAGGAAAUCGGAAGUAGUAGAAGCAGGUGAACAGUUAGAUCUUUUGGCUAUUGGUACUGCAGAUGGCAGCAUUUUAUUAUACAGCACAAUAAAAGGAGAAUUACAGAGCAAAUUAAGUGGCCAUGACAAUAAAAUUAACUGUGUACGAUGGCACCAGGACAAUGGUUGCUUAUAUAGCUGUUCAGAUGACAAAAAUAUCGUGGAAUGGAACAUAAGAACAUGCAAAGUGAAAUGCAAAUGGAAAGGAGAUAACAGCAGCGUGACCUCACUGUGCAUCAGUCCUGAUGGGAAGAUGCUUCUUUCAGCUGGUCGAUCUAUCAAAUUGUGGGAUUUGGAGACCAAAGAAGCGUACAGAUAUUUCACAGGACACGCUACAGCAGUUUCAGUGCUUAUGUUCAUCACAGUACGGCCUCCAAAUGAAAACCAGCCCUUUGAUGGAAUUACAGGGCUCUAUUUUUUAUCUGGCGCAGUGCAUGACAGGUUACUCAGUGUAUGGCAAGUAAGAUCAGACAGGAAAGAAAAGAAUGCUGUGAUGAAUUUCACAGUUACAGAUGAACCAAUCCAUAUUGACAUGACAAUAUCAGAAAGCAAAGAGGAGCCUGUGAAACUGGCAGUUGUAUGCAGAGAUGGACAACUGCAUGUAUUUGAGCAAGUUUUAAAUGGAUACUGUAAAAAGCCGUUGACAUCAAAAAGCACAAUCCAGAUAGCAACACCUGGAGACAGUAGUGAUUCCACACCAAAGCCAGUCCCUAUUUUAGCAGCUGCAUUUUGUGCAGAUAAGGAGUCAUUGCUACUUGUAUAUGGAAACUCCUUACAGCCUGUUCUUGAGAGAGUGUCUUUGAAUGCUACAGAACCGCACAUGUGCUUAGUAAGGGACAUACAGAAGACUUUGACACUUAAAACAGAAAUGGCUAUAACAAAGGUGAAAACCCCUGUUGUUAAUUCAGAAGUUAAAACUCUAGUGCCUGGAAUUCCUGGACAUAGUGCUGCUGUCAGAUCUACAUCUUCUGGGGAAAAAAUUGAAACUAAACGGAAGCCAGGUGGUAAAGAGGAGAGCAUUGAAGACCGCCUUGGUGCAAUGGAUAUUGAUGUGAUGAAAGUGAAACAGUCAUCAGGAGAGCUUCCACAGACUGACAAUUUUGCAGUGCUUUUGGUUCAAGGUUUGGAAAGCAAUGAUGCUGAGAUAUUAAAUAAAGUGCUUCAGACCAAGAAGGAUGCAGUAAUAAAGAAAACAGUAGCCAGAAUGCCCGUGCAUGCUGUCAUCCCACUGCUGCAGGAGCUGGCGAAAAGGCUGCAAGGUCACCCAUACAGUGCCUCACAGAUGGUUCGAUGGCUAAAGCCUGUUUUAACUAUACACACAUCCUAUCUUUCAACAUUGCCAGAUUUGGUCCCACAGCUGGGAAUGUUGUAUCAGUUGAUGGAGAGCAGAGUGAAGACAUUGCAGAAACUCUCUCGUUUGCAUGGGAAACUUUAUCUUAUUAUUACCCAGGUGGCGGCUCUGAAAAAAGCUCACGAUGGGCCUGAGAUUGACCAGACUGCAAAGCUGGUGUAUGAGGAAGAAUCUUCAGAGGAAGGUUCAGAUGAUGAGAUGGCUGCAGAGAAAGAUUCAGAUGAGAACUGGGAUGAAGAUGAGGAAGAAGAAGAUGAGACCAGUGAAAGGGAUGAACUAUCUGAUAAGGAGGAGGAAAUGGCUGUAGACAAAGAAAUCAAUGGUGAAUCAGAUUUGGACCCAGAAAAUGAAAGUGAAGAAGAAUAGGAUGUACUUUAAAAGAAAUAAAGCCUGUUAAAGCUGGCCACCAAAACAUUUAAUUUCUGGAUUGCCAUGCUAAAAACUGCUUGCAUCACACAAAGGAAUGCAGACUUGAUACCUGACCAUUGUGUAUGGCAGCAUAUUAGGACACUGUAUUUCCAGCUCCAGAAUGUGUAACAAUGCCAGCCUUCUUAUACCCUACAUUUCCUGGGAUCAUGAUGAAACAUUUCUCUUCUACGUAGUUGGCAAGUUAUCUCUAUUGGACAUUCAUUUUGCAUCUCACAUGAAAUGGUUUUACCAAGACCCUUUGGAUGGUAAACCUGCUGCAGCUUUGUUUUAUCCGUUUCAGAUUCUGGAUUGAAGACCACUCUGUAUCUUCUUGAUCUACUUUAGUUACAUACUUUUCCAGUUGACGUCUUGCUACAUUUUUUGGAAGAGAAUAAAUAUUUUUGUAAGACGUAAAACAUACUGUUGAAUUUUCUUGAUAGUUCUUCCUUUUCCCUCUCUGUAAGUCCAUUCCUUCAUAACAGAAUUAUUCAUGCCUUGGCAGUGAUACAGUGCUAACCAGUUUGAAAAAAAGCAUUUUCUUUUUAAAAACCAAACAAGAUUUUUUAUAUAUGUGUGCAGAUCAAUCACUUUUCUUGCACUUAAAAAAAAAGACCCAAUGAUGUUUCCUGACCUUUUCUUUUAAUUAAGCUUGUACAUAAGUCAUUUCUGACUGUUGCCGGAUCCACACAUGGCAGAAUACUCUGGGAGCAGCCCAGGGUAUUCUGGCCCGGAAGCUGUUCCAAUAUCCCUCCAUUACCUUGGGCACUCCAUUGAAGCACAAGGCAGCUGUUCGCACAUGUAUCUUACUAUGCCACUCACCCCUGCCUCUGCUGGCAUAAGUUGUUCAUUUUGAGGUUAAGAAUGAGGUGCCCAGCACUGAUCACAUGGUUGGAUACCUCAUUUUGACAUCAGAGCAAGCAACCUGCAGUGGUGGGGGACAGCACAACGGGAUGCAUUGUAAACAGCCGCCUGCUGUCGCUCUGGAGGGCUCUGGAAGAAUCAGGACAAAAGGUGGGUUUUUAAAAAAUUGUGUCAGGGUGGGGGGAUAUAAGUUUAGUUUGGUACUGAACUGGCUGGACAUCGCCCUGACAGUUUGCAACAGUACCAGAGGAGGCUGUGUUAUUUGGCCUGUGUGGACACAGCCUCAGAAAAAGCUCUGCCUUUGGAACAGUAAAGAAUAACCACAACAAUAAAAUAAUAAUAAUAUUAGUAAAGGGGAGGGCAGAAGCUUGUGAAUAAUGUAAUACAAAGCAAAUACAUUUAUUGUGAGUUUUUUUAAUCCUAGGGGAAGAACAUGGGAUGCUGUUAAUUGAAUAAAGCUAAAGUGGUAUGAACAGUUUAAAGAGCAGGUUUUGAGCCAUUCACCAAUAUAAUGUACAGUUAUAUUUGUCUAUAAUUGGAGCUGUUGCAACCAAAUACUGCCCUCCUUUGUAAAGUGAAUAAAUAUACAUUACCUUUAUCAAGAA